AUUUGUGAUCUCCUGGAUGGAGCAAGAGGAAGAGCUACAGGUCCUGGAUCCCCAGGACUUGGAGAAAACAGAGAUCCCAAGGUUCACAGGGCCCCUGCCUGUCAGAGCACAGAUGGACAGUCCUGUCCCUGCCUCUCAGUUCCUGUGUGAUGGGCAAUCAGAUAAACCAGCAUCUUCAUAGGUGGCCACUGUGUGUUCCUCAUGUGCUGGGUGCCCAGUUGAGACAUCUGGGGCCGGGCUGUGGAAGUGCUGAGCUUGCCCAGCUGCAGCUGGUGUGAUGGGAGCUCUGCCAUGAACACACACUGCGGUAACUUGCCGAGUGCUCUGAAAAGUCAGACUCUCAACAUCCCAAAUUGGGCACCCGCAGUGCGUUGACAUUGACACCUUUGGUCUCCGUUCCCCAGGUAUCAAAUGGAGGUAAUUCCUCCUCACUUCAGAGCUAGUGCUGUGCCACCAUCCAUCACUUAAGGCAGUGCUUGAAAUUAAUGGGCGUUUGGAGCCUAACUGCCCUUAAGGACUGGGCCUAAGCUGCUGCCUAGAGAAGCCUGUGAAGAAAUGAAUCAUUCUGUAUUUGGGGCAGGGUUUGGACAGGGUCUAGUAUCACUGCAUAGGGCCAUACACUGUCUGGUGAGGGCAAGAAGAAAUACAGAAGUACCUGUUCUCUGAGCACCGUCUGUCCCAUACACUGAAUUAGGCAGGGUCCUGUGGAAAAAAUAGCAUGUGGUCAUGUAAUGAAAGACUGUCUCCUAAUUCAUAUCCCCAGGGCGCAGGGUAAGGCUGCAGAGCAACCUUAAUUCUGGCAUUUCCUAACUUCUGCGGGUUUGACUCUGCAACCGUAAUGUUUUGUUCAUGUAAGUCAGACAUAUUUGUAAACCCUUUCCAGGUGCCCUGUCCUGUUCAUUAGACCACAUGCUGCACGAUACAGUAUAAAGAGCAGCUCGUUCCAGGGCUGAUUGGGGACAGUAAAUAAACCUCUUGCCUCAAAAGCCUGGAAUGUAGACGGGCAUUGCAGGCUAACAAAUCCAGGUUCUGGGGGUCCCAGAGAGAGCAAGGUCCAGCACUGUGGAGGCCAUCCCAGAAGUGCCGUCAGCCCUUCCUCCUCAUCCAUAUUGAGAGGCUCCCCCUGCAAUGCCUGUGUGGCUCUGAGGCUGCUUAGGGCUUUAUACGGUAACACCAUCACCUCAGAUUCCAGCUGGAAGCCUGGUGGAGCAGAACUCAAGAGAGAUGGGCUAGUGCUUCUCGGGUGGAGGCUGCCAGGAGAGGCAAGGGGAGGACAAAUAGAGAACAUCCCUAGGUGUGCGUAAUAUUUGGGGCAUGUGUCUCAGCUGGAUGGGAAGUGGGUGUGUAAUUAGGCACAAGAAGGCAGCUUGCCUUGUGAGAUGUGGGCACUUCGUGGAGCAGAGGAGUAUGCACAGGGGGCAGGGAUCUCAGGACUGAGCAAAUGAUGGGGCAGACACUCCCAGCCUGGAGUGAGCCAGUUCCAGAAGGAAGGUGAAAGGGGGUUGGUGUUGAAUGUCUCUUCAACCCAGAGCUAAUCCAAGCUUUCCCUAAGUCCUGAGUGGGUUCUGGGAUCAUUCUCAUCCUUGGUCUGGGUGUUAAGACAGGAUGUUGGCCUGUGCUCUGUCUUGGGAGGGUGUACAAAUCACCUGCUGUUUUUCAGUCUUCUACACUAGGAAGUUGCUGUGUUUUAACUUUAGGAGUGAAAACCCGUUUAGUGCAACUGGUUCAAACUCCUGUGUCUGGACGCUCUGAUUUUGCUUUGAGUGGCUUAAAACUUAUGCUCAGUUCACUUAAGCUAUGCUGAAAUAAGCGCAUUCACACAGCCUUUGGCACAGGCUCGACCAAAUAGAUUUUAGAUCACAUCUUAAGUUAAACAGGUGCCACUCUGUAGACAAGGCCUCAAACGGGCUGAAUCCCCAUGCCUGUGUCCGCAUGCUGCCUUCUCCCCCCCGCCCCCAGUUACCUUGGACAUGGGCUGAGUCAUGGCCAGAUUCUCUUUGUUCCAGCAGUAGAUGGGGUUUUGGGUGACAAUGUUGUGGAGACACCUGAUCCUGAGGAAACUGAUCUGCAUGGGACACUGCUAGGGGGGGCCAGCGGGGCCCUUCUCCAGAGUCCCAAGCGUGACUGCAAGGCGGGCUGGGAAUGGCAAGGCCCUGCAAGCCAACCCAUCCCCAGUGAAGGAGCUACAGGGGAUCAUCACAAUGCUGCUGCCCAGCCAAGAGCCUCCACUGGGGAUAAGCCCUAUAAAUGCAGCGAGUGUGGGAAGGGCUUCAGCCAGAGCUCUGACCUCAUCCGGCACCUGCGCACCCACACCGGCGAGCGCCCCUACAAGUGCCCCGAGUGCGGCAGGGGUUUCAGUGACAGCUCCACCCUGCUCAAGCACCAUCGCAUGCACACAGGCGAGCGCCCCUACAAGUGCACGGAGUGUGGCAAGGGCUUCAUCCUCAGCUCCUACCUCAUCCAGCACCAGCAGGUGCACAGCAGGGAGAAAGCCCACAAGUGUGCUAGCUGUGGGCAGUGCUUCGGCCAGAGCUCGGAGCUGGCGCAGCACCAGUGCACCCACCUGGGCGAGCGCCCUUACAAGUGCAGCGAGUGUGGAAAGGGCUUCAGCCAGAGCUCUGACCUCAUCCGGCACCAGCGCACUCACACCGGCGAGCGCCCCUACAAGUGCCCAGACUGCAGCAAGGGUUUUAGCGACAGCUCCACGCUCAUCAAGCAUCAGCGCACACACACUGGCGAGCGCCCCUACAAGUGCACAGCCUGCGGCCGGGGCUUCAGCGAGAGCUCCACCCUCAUCAAGCACCAGCGCACGCACACAGGCGAGCGGCCCUACUUGUGCACCGAGUGCGGCAAGAGCUUCAGCCUCAGCUCCACGCUUUUCAAGCACCAGCGCACGCACACAGGUGAGCGGCCCUACUUGUGCACAGAGUGUGGCAAGAGCUUCAGCCUCAGCUCCAACCUCCUGCAGCACCAGCGCACGCAUGCGGGCGAGCGCCCCUUUGCCUGCACCCUGUGUGGCAAGCGCUUCACGCAGAGUUCCAACCUGCUGCAGCACCAGCGCACCCACACCGGGGAGCGCCCCUACCAGUGCACCCAGUGCGGCCGCCACUUCAGCCUCAGCUCCAACCUCAUCCAGCACCAGCGCAUCCACUUGGGCGAGCGCCCCUACGCCUGUGCCCAGUGUGGCAAGCGCUUCGGCCUCAGCUCCAACCUGCUGCAGCACCAGCGCACCCACACCGGGGAGCGCCCCUUUGCCUGCGCCCAGUGCGGCAAGCGCUUUGGUAACAGCUCCACCCUGAGCAAGCACCGCCGCACCCACGUGGGGCAGUGCCCCGAGGAUUUUCGGGACAGUGCCAUGCUUCUGCAGCACCCACAUACCCACCAGCAUGAGCAGCCCUACCAAUGCACCGAAUGCAGCAAAGCUUUCAGCCAGAGCUCCAGCUUGGCCCAGCACCAGCACACCCACAAAGACUGGCUCCUCUGUGCCAUCGCACCCUGCCCCUAACCUUAACUGUUAGGUCCUGGGAAGUGCCAAGGGGCCCUGCCCCUAACCUUGGCCACCAGGCCCCAGGGAGAGAAAUAUCUCUCGAGGCCCUGCAGCCCUCCGGCAGUGCCAUAGCAGCAUGGGACAAAUGGAGAAUUCAAGCAGCCCACCUUUGGCUCAGUGUCCCAGCGACUGUCCCCGUGGGCUGUGUGCCCAUGGGCUGGCAUGCACUAAUCACCUGCAGGCUACCAGUGGUGCACUCCCGGAAGCUGUGCAGGAGCAGAGGGAAGUUCAGACUUCGGCUGUAAGAGAGGAUGCUCAUCCUACUCCAUAUGUCAGUGCCCCAACCAGACACAUCCCACUGGGAAAUUGGGUAAGAACCUGUUUGAACGCUGUGGGUCUCAAAGUUCGACUCAUGCACAAACAUUGGCAUUGGCUUACGAGAGAAUGGACAGAGAUCAUCUAGUGGAAUGGAGCAUGCAGGGUGAGACUAAUUCCCACUGCCCAACAAUAACAGAAUAAAAGUAAGAAAAAGAAAAUCUCGGCCAGGUACUGAGGGAAAACUUCCACCAGUGAGAUCCGUUAGGCUGUGGGGUUGUUUCCCCAGCGAGGGGGCUGGGGCCCCAUCUCUUGAGUUAUUUAAAACUGACCUGGAUAAAAAGAGUUUUCCUUAAAAGUCACACACAAAAUUGUCUCUAAGUGCAGGGAAGGAAUUGAGCCAAUCCCACACUGCGCGACUCAGGACGGCAGCUGCUGUCCAGCUCCAGUGUGAAACUGUUAUAGGGUUAGCAGAGUCGGGAGAGACUAUCAGCCAGUGGUGGUUUUGGUAAAAAUUGGAAAGGAGAGGACCUGCUCAGUGCAUGUGCAGGCAGUGAGGUGACACAACAUGGGCUGGGGGUUUCUGACCCGGAAGUAAAAACGUGUUCUCUUUAUUCUCAUUCUCUUUCUGUGUCCUUCCCAGACUGUGUGUGGUUCUGUGUGAGAUGUUUCUGUGAGAUCUGAGGUAGAGCUGUUAUCAUGUGCAUGCAGUAAAGAGACUUCAUACAUUUUAAA